CUUAAACGAUCUGGCGUCCCUCACGACAUUGUUAGGAAGUGGGUUUUCCGGUAAUCAUAUAAAUACGGGGAGGCCCCAGGCUUUCUCUUCCUGGAGGUCACCACCACUUCAUGUUUCUCGUCAAGGAUACUCCUCUCCCUCGCUAAGGAUACUGAUAUAAUAUUGACAACAACAUCGAGAUUUUUAUUAAUAACCUGUACCUACCUUAUUCUAACCUAUACCAUUAAUGUAACCUCUGCCACUGUUGUCACCAUGCAACCUCUCAUGAUCCAGACCUCGCGCGGAGCUGCCCAGGGCGCUGCCGACAGUAACGGACCGACUGCAACUGCGCAUAGUGCCGAGAAAGCUCCAGCAAAGCAGGCUACAUCUCACGCCGAAGUGGUGCUGUCGGGCGGAAAUGGCGGCACCAUCCUCACCGAGCGUGACUGUCCCGAGGCUCUCGGCUUUGCAUUCUCGAACCGCAAAAAGUGGUUGACGUUGACCAUCAUCUUCCUCGUUCAAACAUCGAUGAACCUCAACGCAUCUCUGUACGCCAACGCCCAGAGCGGCAUCGCCCGCGAUUUGAAUGUGAGCCCACAAUCCGCCGUCAGCGGCGCGGCCGUCUUCUUGAUCACUUAUGCAUUCGGAUGCGAGCUCUGGGCUCCCUGGUCCGAGGAGUUCGGGCGGAAGCCGGUCCUCCAGUGUUCGCUGUUCCUCGUCAACCUGUGCUGCAUUCCCGUGGGCACUGGCUUCUACCACAAGUCGUUUUCCGGCGUGCUGGCUGGCCGGGCCCUCGGCGGCCUCUUCUCGGCCGGCGGCAGCGUCACGCUCGGCAUGGUGGCCGACAUGUUCGACACCGAGCACCAGGAGCACCCGCUCGCGUUCAUCGUGCUGUCGUCCGUGGGCGGCUCCAUCGUUGGCCCCAUCGUCGGCGGCUUCGUCGAGGACAACUGCCCGUGGCAGUGGGCUAUCUGGAUCCAGCUUCUCUUCGGCGCCUUCGUCCAGCUCCUCCACCUCCUCCUCGUCCCCGAGACCCGCGCCACCGUCCUCCUCGGCCGCCACGCUAAGAAGCUCCGCGCCUCCGGCGACAGGCCCGACGUCUACGGCCCCUCCGAGCUUAAGACCUGGCGCGAGUACCUCGUCCCGCGCGAGCUCGUCUCCCUCUGGCUCCGGCCCUUCCAUAUGUUUGCCACCGACCUAAUCGUCCUCGUCCUGUCUCUGCUCUCCGGGUUCAGCGACGCCCUCAUCUUUAUGCAGAUCCAGUCGCUUAGUCGCGUCUUCAAGCUCUACGGCUUCACCAACACUCAGAACGGAUUGGCCUUCAUCUCCAUCGGCCUCGCCUACCUGAUCGCGUACGCGCUGUACUUCCCGGUGAUCCGGCGCAACCGGGCGCUGCGGGCGCGGCAGCCGGCCGACGAGCGGGCGCAGUACGAGGCGCGGCUGUGGUGGCUGGUGUACACGGCGCCGCUGCUGCCGAUCGGGCUCGUGGUGUUCGGGUGCACGGGCAGCCCGGCGGUGGCGCACUGGGCCGUGCCCAUGCUCGGCUGCGUGCUCAUCGGCGUCGCCAACUACACCGUCUACAUGGCCACCAUCGACUACAUGGUCGCCGCCUACGGCCCCUACUCCGCCUCCGCCACCGGCGGCAACGGCUUCGCCCGCGACUUUCUCGCCGGCCUCCUCACCUGGGCCGCCCAGCCCUACUACGACGCCUUCACCCACGGCGGCCGCGACCCCGACCCCCACCGCGGCCUCGCUAUCGCCAACGGCGUCCUCGCCGCCAUCGCUCUCCUCCUCGUCGCCGCCACCUUCGCCGUCUACCGCACCGGCCCCUACCUCCGCCGCCACUCCCCCUUUGCCCAGUCCCUCGCCAGGGCCGCCGCGGCGGAGAACGCCUCCUCUCCCGUCCAGGGCCCACAGGAGGCGGAAGAGAUAAGGAGUUUCGCUGCCGAGCCGUCUGUUUCCCGCGUGGUAUAAAAGCUGUUAAGGUGAAGGGGCGGAUGUCUGUUUUUUCUUGUCUGGGGUCGGGUUGCCUUCGCGGCAAAGGUCAGUGAGGGGGGUUAGCUUUUCGCUUGUCUCGCGUCCGUUUCGUGGUAUCCUUAUUUGGCUAUGAUAUCCCUUAUGUACGUAGUAUUACCCAGGACCCUGAGGCUAGGACCCUGAUGCUGCUCUGCCACACGCUCCGUGUGACGUGUUCUGGCGGAUCUAAGCUCUCGAUCCUGUCGCCACCAUACCCAUAGGCUUCUUUGCUUCCUUUUCCACUUGUUCUGUUUUAGAUACUGUAUUUUAAGGCACUCUGAUGUUAUACAGAUACAUGUCCGCUCGCGCCGGCGGACUAGGAUGCCCACUACCACUCACAGUAUUACUAUACGG